UCCGGCACCGGGGCAACGAGGGAACCCACGGCCGGCUGAGUCCGCUCCGGCCGCGAGGCGCGGGCUCCAGCCGCGGUUUGCAGGCUCUCCUGAACCCCGGCGCCCAGGUGGGAUGGAAGAAGCCAGUCAGGUGCAGACAACCAAGCGAGGCGAUCCUCAUGAGUUAAGAAACAUAUUCCUACAGUAUGCCAGUACUGAGGUCGAUGGAGAGCAUUACAUGACCCCAGAAGACUUUGUCCAGCGCUAUCUUGGGCUGUAUAAUGAUCCGAAUAGCAAUCCGAAGAUUGUGCAGCUCUUGGCAGGAGUAGCUGAUCAAACCAAGGAUGGGUUGAUCUCCUAUCAAGAGUUUUUGGCAUUUGAAUCUGUUUUAUGUGCUCCCGAUUCCAUGUUCAUAGUGGCUUUCCAAUUGUUUGACAAGAGUGGAAAUGGAGAGGUGACCUUUGAAAAUGUCAAAGAAAUUUUUGGACAGACAAUUAUUCAUCAUCAUAUCCCUUUUAACUGGGACUGUGAGUUUAUCCGACUGCACUUUGGGCAUAAUCGAAAGAAGCAUCUUAACUACACAGAAUUCACACAGUUUCUCCAGGAGCUACAAUUGGAACAUGCAAGACAAGCCUUUGCACUGAAAGACAGAAGCAAAACUGGCACAAUUUCUGGUCUGGAUUUCAGUGACAUCAUGGUUACCAUUCGGUCUCAUAUGCUUACGCCCUUUGUGGAGGAGAACUUAGUUUCUGCAGCUGGAGGAAGUAUCUCACAUCAGGUUAGCUUCUCCUACUUCAAUGCGUUUAACUCCUUACUGAAUAACAUGGAGCUCGUUCGUAAGAUCUAUAGCACACUAGCUGGCACAAGGAAAGAUGUUGAAGUCACAAAGGAGGAAUUUGCCCAGAGUGCCAUACGCUAUGGACAAGUCACCCCACUAGAAAUUGAUAUCCUGUACCAGCUUGCAGACUUAUAUAAUGCUACAGGGCGCUUGACUAUGGCAGAUAUUGAGAGAAUAGCCCCGUUGGCUGAGGGGGCCUUACCUUACAACCUGGCAGAACUUCAGAGACAGCAAUCUCACAGUCUAGGCAGGUCUGUCUGGCUUCAGAUUGCCGAGUCUGCUUACAGAUUCACUUUGGGCUCAAUUGCUGGAGCUGUGGGGGCCACGGCCGUGUAUCCCAUAGAUCUGGUGAAGACCCGCAUGCAAAACCAGCGUGGCACUGGCUCUGUCGUGGGGGAGCUGAUGUACAAAAACAGCUUUGACUGUUUUAAGAAAGUCUUACGUUACGAGGGCUUCUUUGGACUCUACAGGGGUCUGAUACCACAACUUAUAGGGGUUGCUCCAGAAAAGGCUAUUAAACUCACUGUUAAUGAUUUUGUUCGGGACAAAUUUACCAAAAGAGAUGGCUCCAUUCCACUUUUCGCAGAAAUCCUUGCUGGAGGUUGUGCUGGUGGCUCUCAGGUCAUCUUUACCAACCCACUGGAGAUAGUCAAGAUUCGCCUGCAGGUAGCUGGAGAGAUCACUACAGGACCCAGGGUCAGCGCUCUGAAUGUGCUCCGCGACCUGGGACUUUUUGGUCUGUAUAAGGGUGCCAAAGCGUGUUUCCUCCGAGACAUUCCCUUCUCUGCGAUCUAUUUUCCUGUUUAUGCUCAUUGCAAACUACAGCUGGCUGAUGAAAAUGGACGCGUGGGAGGUUUCAAUCUCCUUGCAGCUGGAGCCAUGGCAGGUGUGCCUGCCGCUUCCCUGGUGACCCCUGCCGAUGUCAUCAAGACAAGACUGCAAGUGGCUGCCCGCGCUGGCCAGACAACAUACAGUGGUGUCAUCGACUGUUUCAGGAAGAUACUCCGGGAAGAAGGGCCCUCAGCAUUUUGGAAAGGGACUGCAGCUCGAGUGUUUCGAUCCUCUCCCCAGUUUGGUGUUACCUUGGUCACCUAUGAACUUCUCCAGCGGUGGUUUUACGUUGAUUUUGGAGGCCUCAAACCCUCUGGCUCAGAACCAACACCUAAAUCACGCAUCGCAGACCUUCCUCCUGCCAAUCCCGAUCACAUCGGUGGAUACAGACUCGCCACAGCCACUUUUGCUGGCAUUGAAAACAAGUUUGGCCUUUAUCUCCCCAAAUUUAAAUCUCCUAGUGUUCCAGUGGCUCAGUCCAAGGCAGCAACAGCAGCUCAGUGAUGAGAUGACCUGAGUGUGGCCAAGUGGCGCCCUGGAGAGAGGCCUAGGAAAGCAGCCCUGUAAUGUGUCCAGUCAGCUGCAUGGUGCUGGCUGAGCUGGGGAGUCAAACUAUUCUUUCUAUAUGACAUAUACAUAUAUUUGUUUAUAAAGUAACCAUUUGCCCAGGAAAAAAAAAAAAAAAACAGUGCAGUUUCGAGCUUUAGUCUUACGUGUUGAGAUGUUUCUAAGCCUUGGCAUGAAUUAGUGUUCUAGCCUGCUUUGCACAGCUUGCACUUAUAGUGACUGUACAUAUUGUACAUCUUUGUACAGAGACAUCUUGGCAACUCAUCCCAACAAAUCACAUUUAUAGAAUGUAAAGCAGUUCUGAGUGGCUUGAAAUGUACAGAAUGUUUUGAAAGUGUUUUAUUAAGAAUCACACAAAAAUAAAUGUAUUACAAUUAAAUUCAUUCUCUUAUUGGUGACUUAUGGAAAUGAAUCAUCAAUAUUGGAUGUAUUUAAUUCCUAGCUUGUUUUCCAUUCUGGAAUCAAAAGGUAUUUGCUGAUACGAGGUAUAACAAGACCAGUUGUUGACACCGUUGAAUCAGAGAUCUUUGAGAAAGAUGCAUGCCAGUGGAUGCCAGAGGACCAGGCUAACGACUUACGUGUGCUGAUGUUUCCAUUUGUACUUAAUGUGUGUGUAGAUCCUUCUCUGUUCAUUAGUCAAAAGGCAUUUCCUAGACAGCUCUCCUGUCAGUGUGCAUAUGAAAAGAGGGAUGUCUCCAGCAUUACAAGCUUAGUUUGCCUUCCUCUGACACAGCAAGGCAAGGGCCUAGCUUUCAAGAGUAAAGGAUACUUUGGCAAUUUUCCUUCCUAUGGAUAUGACUCCAAUCAAAAAUAAAAUACACACCAAAUAUAUGCAUGUAGUUGGAUUUUCCUUCAUAAAUAUACUGAUAGUGCUUUUUAUUUUGAUUCACUACCGAUUCUAAAUAACUCAUGAUCAAGUUUUCCUCUCUCCCACUUUUAUAGAAAGCAGUUUGAUUUGGAAAGGGCUGUGGUGGAAUGAGGAGAGGAAGAAGAAAGAGAAAAGCUCUAUCUUGUGAUUUAGUGGGGUCUAGAUUCUUCCUUAUGAAUCCAAAUACAAACUACUUAUUCCAAAAGUCAUUCACCAAGGGUGUGAUUACUAAUUUAGAUCUCAACAUGCAUCUUGACAGCCACAUGUACUACUUCACCAUGGUUGUGAUCUGAUGUGGAGCACAAGAAUUUAUUUACUUUAGCAAAGUGCUUUGGGAAAACAUCAUUGCUACUGCCAGUGAGCCGGGAUACGAGAAUGUAUGCAAAUAUUUUCAAGGGGCAAGCCUGGAGAUGGACCAAAUCACUUAGUAUCCCACACAGCGCUCAUCAGUUGAUGGCUGACAGCACUGAAACAACUGUAGGCUCUCAAGGAACAAAGGAAUUAGCUUUGAAAGCAAAGUUUUCAGUUCUCAUUGGAAUGGAAUAAAUAGCAAUAAUAGUUGUUUUGCUAUUAUCACCUGUUAAAAGUAUGCAAGUAGUCCAUGGAUAUGUUUUUAUAAAAGAUUCAUAUAAUACUAUAUAUGUAUAUAGAGUAAGAUGUGAAAGUACCCUCUUUACCCUGUUUCUCCCUUCACGACUCCCUACCCCAGAUGUUGUCACUGCUAACAGGUUAGAACAUAAAUUUGUAGUGUUUUUCAUACAUCUCUCUAUAUAAAUAUAUACAGAUUUUUAUUUUAAAAACAGGAUUAUGUUUUUAAAUCUAUGUAUGUGUCGUUCUGUGACUCGCUUUUGUUCACUUAAUGUCUUUGAGAUUUUUCCCUGCCUGUUCAUACAGAUUUCUCUUAAUGUUUCAAUAGUUGCAUAGUAUUCCAUUGUAUGAUAUUCUCCCUUAUUGACAUUUACUCAUUUUUUUCACUAUUGCAAACAAUGCUGUAGUGAACAGUAAACAUUUUUGUACACACAUUAUGAGUACAUGUGCUAGUAUUUCAUAAGGAUAUUUAAACUUAGAAUUGGUAAUUCACAACAUACGGAUUUUGCAUUUUUUAUAUAUAUUGCUACAUUACUCUUCAAAAAGUCUUUACUAAUUUACUUUCCUACUCACCGCAUAUGAAAAUGCCUAUUUCUUUGCAACCUCAGCAAAAAUGGCUAUUAUCAGUCUUACAGUUUAGGCAAAUCAUGAUACGUGAUUACUAUUGUUAUGAUUUUCAUUUUCCUAAUUACUAGUGAGGUUGAAUGUCUUUUCAUAUUUACUGGCCAUUUGUAUAUUAUUGUGGUAUAGAAAGUACAUAAAACAUGUAUGUAUGUAUACAGACAUACACACGUGCACAUAUACAUUUUAAACAAAUAGUCAUUAACACAAACAGCCCUGUCACCAUCCAGGUCAAUAAACAGAAUAUUUCUAACACCUUGUAUGUUCCCCCAUACGAUCCUCCCCGUCAUAACCCUCUCUCCUCUUUAGUGCCAUCUCUACUCUUCGUGUCUUUGCUAUUUUUCAGUUUUACCAUAUGCGUGUGUAUACGAGUAUAUGUGUGUGUGUGUGUGUGUGUGUGUUUCCUAAGCAUUAUUAGUUCCUGGCUGUGAAAUUUAUAUGAAUCAAAUUAUAUUGUAUACUUUUGAGACUUGUUUCUUUUGCUAAACAUUAUGUUUAUAAGAUUCAGCCAUAUAAUUGUAUGUAGCUAUAGUUUGCUUAUUUCAUUUUAUGAAUAUAUUACAAUUUAUUUUUCCACUUAACUCUGGACAUCUGGGUUGUUUCCAAUUUGGGGAUAUUACAAACAAGGUUGCUCUGCAUUUUUUGAUGUAUAUUUUGGAGAAUGCAUUUUUAAAAGGAAAUAUACCUAAGAGCAGAACCACAAGGUACAGGGGUUGUUAGAUUCAACUUUGCGCCAUCAUGCCAAACUACUUGCCAGAGAUUCUCGCACUGAUUUAUAUUCUCCCAAAGGUAUAUAUGUUAUCUCAUGUGGCUUUAAUUAGCAUUUUCCAUGAAAUGAGGCUGAACACCUUUCAUAUGUUCAUAUACACAUUGUUCUUCAGAAAGACAUUCAUAUACUUUGCUAUUGAUGGCACAUGACAAUGUCAAUGUUUAUUGGCUACUUGGAUUCCAUCUUUGGUGAAUGAAGUAUGUGUUAAAGUCUCUUGUUCAUUUUUCUCAAUAAUUGGCAAGGGGUUCUUUAUAUAUUCUGGAUACUACACCUUUAUGAGUUGUG